CAAUUGAUAAAAAAAACACUCAUGGUGUCUUUAUUCUUUGUGAAACUGUUUUUCUGAAGAAAGAAUAUGUGAUAGUAUGUUCCUGUAUUAAUUUAAUUUUAUUACAUAUUUGUGUGACUUAAUAACUUUGAUUUUGAAUGUGCUGUGUACCACAAUUCAGUCGAUAGUUAAAAGUGAUUUUUGCAUCGGAAUUUCGAACAAGAACAUUGAUGCAGCAACCAACAAACCAUGCCGCCUAACCACAGAGAUGUAAUAAAUUGCAACUAUAUUCAACAUGAACACUAUGUUAGACAAGGCGACUUCUGUAAAACAUGUGAUCAGUGUUUCCCGGGAUUAGGGCUGGCACCAUUCACGGAAAGAAAGUUUACAAUCGACCCACUGCAUGGUGCUUUGGGAUGUCUGCACUGUAUCCCGUGUCCAUCAGGUUUCUAUAGCAACCACCUAUCGUUUGAGGAAUGCUUACAUUGUACAGAUUGUAGAAAGCUAGGGGUAUAUGAAACUCAGAAUUGCACAUCUAAACAAGAUGCAGUUUGUGGGAAAAUUAAACUGAAGUCAACCAUACAUGACGAUAACAAUUAUCGCCAACAGAAUCAUUCUACAAAUAUCGAUAAUAACCAUUAUCAACUGAAAACUAUCGACACAGCUGUAAUAAGUAUUUCUGUCCUUUGUGGUGUCCUAGCUGUAAUGGUGAUUUUUGCGGUGUAUCAACAUCUCAGAAAGAAACGGAGAACAGCCAGAAAACAAAAGGAAGAAUCGAAAAGUUCAAGAGGACUCUUAGAGGCAGAAUCACCUGGAAGUUCGUCAUUGUCAUCAAGUAAAACAACAGACAGUUCAAGAGGACUCUUAGAGACAGAAUCACCAGGAAGUUCGUCAUUGUCAUCAAGUAAAACAACAGACAGUUCACCUCUAUCAUCCAGUCGAGAAACAGUAGAGACAGACGGGGAGGAAAAUACGUUUAACUCAAAAAGUAUUGUAGAUAGAUUUAUAGAAAGUCAUGAUUGUAUAAUACACAAUGAAGAGCUAUCAGAAGCACAUGCACGAAUGAUAAGUAAGCAUAUAGCUGUGGACAAUAUGUUCUACGAUAUCGGUAUAGAUCUAGGGAUACAAGACAAUGAUAUCAAAAUAAUUAUAGAAAAUAAUAAAGAUGUGAAAUCCCGAGCAUACGAAACAUUACUGAAAUGGAAACACUUAAAAGCAUCUGAUGCAACAGUGUUACGAUUCAUCGAUACUUUACAACGAUUGAAACUUCAUAAGGAAAUCAGGGAAUUCUGUAAAACGUACGAUUAAGAAACUAUGCCAUUACGAUAAACUGUGAUAUUAAAUAAUAAUGUGUUAUGCCGCAAACAGUAUUAGGAAGGCUUCAAGAUUUUAAUGAUGCAAUCCAAAAUAUUUAUGUUAAAAAAAAAAGUGACCAGGGCCAGUGCUAUAUCGUUUAAAUUUGUUUGUUACAUACUUAGUAUUGAUAAGUUUUAUUUUUUCUAUGACAUACAUGUAUAUUGAUAUGUUUUAUUUGCUUAUGUAAUAUUUUUUAUUGAUUAAUUAUAAAAAAUAGAGAUUAUUAGUGUUUAUAGAAUAAUGAUACUGCAGAACAUUUUAAAUAUAUUCCUUUAUCUGGGAUUAAAUAAAUGGAUCAACUUUAAA